AUGGACGAGUUGACGUUGACCGUGACCGACCUUGACACGAUGACCCCAGUUUACUUUGUGUCUGUGAAGGCGAGCAAUGGAGCUGGUCUGACCAGUGACGUCAUCACAUCAAACCCAAUGCGGGUGGUUGACCAGGACAAGGCAGGUAUUGUCAUCGACGGCGCUGACACAACCGAGAGAGACAACUUCAUCGGCAUCGGUAGCGACAUGGACUACCAGAAGGACGCGGGAGUUGUGACUGUACAGUUUGACGGGUUUGAGAGCCACGAGCACGGUGUGACGUACUAUGACUGGGCGGUAGGCACGACACCUGGUGGCGAGGAAGUGCAACCGUUCAUCAUGGCGGGUCUCAUACAUGAAGAAUCAGAGACCAAUGUUCCUGGAAAUGGUAUCUCCAGCAUGGGGUUUGGCCAGGCUGUUCUACCGCUGUCGUCCGGCACGACAUACUACACCACAGUCCGGGGCAUCACCAACGCAGGCAACAUCCUGGAAUCUACUUCAGAUGGGUUUACUGUUGAUAUUACUCCUCCUGACAUUCACAUCGAAAGCUAUGGUCCUGAGAACAACCAGAGCAGACUGACCCCUACCACGACACUGUACCAGACUGAGGUGGACUCCAUCUCCUCCUCCUGGAGGGCUGCAGACAGUGAGAGUCCAGUCAAGAAGAUGUACUACUCUGUGGGGACCUACCCCCACGGGGAGGAUGUCCAGCCCCGGACUGACGUGGAGAUCCUGCUGACCGGCGAGGGGGCGCUACCCACUGGCAUCAAACCCACAACUGACGGAAAACCAAACAUUCUGACUCUGACAGCCGAAAAUGAACUUGGGUUGUCUGCUAGCAUUAUCUCCCCUUAUCUUGUGGUGGACACCUCAUCACCAACAGAGGGGGUGUUGACAUGUCCAGGCUUCAUUCAGCCGAGAUCUGCCGUGGAGUGCACAUGGACAGGGUUCUACGAUGCCGAGAGUCAGGUUGUAGAGUUUGAGUUCGCUGUUGGCUCCCAUGAGGGGCUGGAGGACGUCAUAGCACCUGUCAAACUGCCGGGAAAUGCUGCCAAAUAUCUAGUCUCAGGCUUAGCUGAUAAGGUGGCCCAUGGUCAGAGAUACUAUGCCAAGGUCAAGGCCAUCAACCAAGUAGGAAUGACGUCGUCUAGCAUCUCAAACGCCAUCAACGUGGACACCACACCCCCAUCGCCGGGCACUGUGGUGGAGUUGAAGUCUGUCUACAUCAUCAACGUCACCGACGAGAUCAUCACCGAGAAACUCAACACCUACAAGUGUGACACACAAGAAGACUGCCUGGCUAUAGACGCGGUGUGCCAGGAGUCUCUGUCCACUGUCAACGUGGCCUGGCAGACUUUCGCUGAUGACGAGACGGAGAUUGUCAAAUACGAGAUAGCUGUUGGCACUUCAGCUGGAGGGGGACAGCUGAGGGGGUUCUUUGAGACUGAUGACGUCACAAAGAGAUACCUGUCAGUAACGGGCCUGAUACUAAAGGGAGUGAGACAGAUAUUUGUGACAGUGAAAGCUACCAAUGGAGCUGGUCUCAGCACAAUAUCCACGUCCAAUGGUAUCUACAUGUCCUACCUCAGUCAGGGCUUGGAGCCGCUCACUCAUGUUGGAAUCUGGGAUGGCGACAGUCACGAUGGAGACCUUGACUUCCAGACAAGUCUGUCCCGAAUGGGGGCCAAGUGGGACGUGUCAGGUGACCCGUGUCCAGUGGUCAAGUAUGAGUGGGCAAUACAAAGGGCUGACGGUCUGAGGGUCCAGGAGUAUUUCAAUACAGAAGGAAGAACUCAUGGCGUCAACGACCAGCUGAGCAUGCAGAACAUGGAACGCUACUACCAGUACCUACGGAUGACCAACGCCAUGGACUACACCUACACCAUCAGGUCGAACGGCAUCACCAUCGAGGAUGACCCCCUGGUGCCUGGACAGGUCAAUGAUGGAGAUGUCGUGGGAUUUGACCUUGAGUUCCUCCGAACCAAAAGUAAAGUCAGCGCCAACUGGGACAAGUUUGGCAGCGAUGACAACGCUGACGAAGUGUCAACAGGAAUAAAAGCUGAGAACGUUCUCGAUGAGGAUAAAGAGAAAUCUUCUAACCAAGAAGUCGCUUUCUACGAGGUUGCCCUUGGAACUGACCGCCGUUUCCCCAAAACACGGGACAACGUUGUAGCGUUUGUCAACGUUGGCCUUAACAAGACUGUGACCUUCUACGACCUUGACCUCACCCCAAUCACGGCAAUGUAUUACUUCACUGUGAGAGCACACAGCCGCUCCGGGUCUAGGACUGACGUCACGUCCAAUGGCUUCUCUGUUGGCUUUGAUGGAGGAGUCUCCGCCGGUCUCAUCGACAUGAAGGAAUUUGUCAACACUGACACCUACAUAGAUGUAGCGUGGGACGGGUUCGAAUCCAGGAUUGGCAUGAUGAUGUACUACGUGGGCCUGUCCAACAACACGGAGGCGGACAACUAUAGAUGUGGACAGUUUACUGAAAGAGGCUCCAUCACUGACGAUGAGCGACAAGGUAUCUUCAACAUUGUGGAUCUACAAAAUGUCGGAAAGAACACAUUUACGAAGUUUGAAAAUCUGUCUCUGGAACAGAAUGGAGUCUACUAUGCUUGGGGUAUCGGUGCUGACAAGGCGGGAGAGUGCAACGUGACUAGUCGCAUGUUCCAUGUGGACGUCACACCUCCAGUCAAAGGCAGGAUCAGAACAGGGCCCUAUAAUGACAUGAAACUGAGUUACUCGGCGAGCAGUGAGAGUCUUCAGACCUACUGGACAGACUUCAGUGAUGAAGACUCGGGGAUCCGCUGCUACCACGCUGCCCUGCUGAAGAGAGCCUCCUGUGACAAAGACUCGGCGGAAGAAACUGUCGUAGAUUCCAUAGAGAUUGAUGUCAACUACACGUCGUAUAAAUUCAUGGACAUCACUAUGCAGGGCAACACUCCCUACUUUGUUCGUCUCGUGGCGGAGAACUUUGCUGGUCUCAAGUCGACAUUAGACUCUCCACCAGUCCUGUAUGACAACUCCCUCCCAACCUCCGGCCUCGUCAUCGACGGACAUGACUUCACUCACGACAUCAGCUGGAGCAGCUCUGCCAACACCGUCACAGGCACAUUCCUACACCACCCUGUGCCAGACAUGUCUCCAUGUCCUGUCAGAAAGGUCACAUUUGAUGACUCGGAAUGGAAGUACCUGGAGUCAGACCGGAACUACGACAGCAACAACCGUAGCUUGACCUUGACCUACAGAUCAGCCAACGUCCAUCCCGAGUCCGGCAAAGUGGACAUCAAACUCUCCCGAGACACCAAGACUGACACCAUGUUUUCUGGAACCUACUUCAGAGAUGCUGACCUUGUAAACUGCGGGGAGUAUGAGCUAUCUAUCCGAGCUGCAGCAGGUGAUGGUCAGGCGGUCACCAGUGUCCUGUUCUGGGACGGCCCAGAUGACUACAUCCUGGACUAUGACUACACACCAACACCGGACUGGACCGAGUCGGUCUGUGCCUGUUGCAGGGUGGAACCUGUUAAUUCAUCCUGUACGUGCAACUGUGACUCUUACCUACAAGCGGAGAGGUACUACAAGAACAUCAGCAAGAGAUCUGUGGAUGAGGAUGACCCUGGCUACGAGGUGAAGAAGCUGACGGACGAGGAAAAGAAGAAGCUUCAAGCGACAGGAUCCAUCACCGGCAAGACUGACAUCGGGAAUCCUAAUCUUAACCCAAGGAAGGCCUGUGGAGUACAAUUAUUUGGAGGUGCAGCAGCCAAGUUAGUGGCAUGGUGUGGUUACGGAGACUACCUCAACGAACCUGAAGAAGCAGUGAAAGAUCUUCAACAAGACCCCUCGAGAGAUUACCAUCAGUACAUUGUCAAGUUCACUACACAGAGAGACGAAGCAAGGGGAUCAGAGGUUACUUGGUGCAUGGCAGUCUCCAUAGACGGGGAUCUGCUGACGAAGCAGUGUGGAAUACCGCGUCUCUCUCCUGACACCAAACUCUUCCUGGGAGUCUGGAACUACAAGAACUAUAUUCCUGACACUGAACGAGAUUCGGAAGGACACCUAAAAGUUUGGAGUGCUACGGCUUCAUUUCGUGACCUGGUGAUGCCAGCUGACAAGGAGAAAUUGUGUCGCUAUGGCAACCCUUUCCAAGGAGGUAACAACGCCAUUGUUCGGUAUGAGGCAGGAAUCGGGUCAGCUUCCGGUCUCUCUGAUGUAGUGCCGUACCAGCAGGUACAUACUCCGUGUAUUCCCUGCCUGACUCCCUGUGACAUGUACACAUGUGAUGCGGCUUGUGACAGCUCAUCAACAGACCAGGUCAAGAUAACCCUCAACGGCCUCAACCUUACAGAAACAACAGUUGUGGAGGGAGAAGAAGUCCCUCUAUUGUACUACCUCACAGUGAAAGCUGUCCUUGGGUCUGGAACAGAGGCCGUAUCGUCAUCUGACGGCUUCAACAUCGACACGUCACCACCGCUGUUUGACACCGACGUCAUGCUCUACAUCGACGUCACUCAGGGCAACUUCACCCCUGUUACGUUCCAAGGAUCAAACGACACUAUUAAAGCUGUGUGGAAGUGUAAUGACAACGAGAGCGAAAUUAUGAACUACGAGUGGGCGAUAGGCACAGCGCCAGGAGGAGAGAAGUUGCAGACAUUUGUAGAAACUGGAGAGAAUCCUGGAUCGAUGAACUCCGGACUUGUGGGCCUCCUGGAACACAACACGACAUACUACGUGACCGUCAGAUGUACCAACGGGGGUGGACUGGUCACAACAUACGCUGAUCCCAGAGGUGUGACCGUUUUGCUUGAGCCUCCCCUUGUUGAUGAUGUCAACACGACAAUAGUGGGUGCUGAAUCCCUUGGAGAGAAAGUGGUGCCGCCAAACUCCAUGAAAACCAAAGACAAAAACACCGUGGGUGCUUCCUGGACGGUGUCUGCAGAUGAGAGUGUCAGGCGAUAUGAUUUCUGUGUUGGGAGUUCCGAGGCCAGCAUCAGUGACAUCUUCCCCUGCACGUGGGUUGGCUACAACACGUCGGGGACGGUUACAGUUGCAGAUGGAUACCUUAAACUAAAUGGCCGCAAUAUCUACAUGCUGAGUCAGUACAAGCCAGGCUAUAAUGCCUCGGUACCCGGCACCACGGACAAGUCAGCCUUCACCAUGGCUCCAGGCACAGAGAUGUUCAUCUUCAUGAAGAUGUGUAAUGAGGCCCAGCUGUGCACGACCAAGUUGCUGGGCUCCACUGUAGUAGAGACAGACAUGUCCACGAUGGCGACGUCGUCUGAUGGUUCUGCCGUCACUGUAGAUGUUGGAGGUGGUGCGAGGAGGAAAAGGGAUAUUUCAGGAGUAACGGUAUCGAUACCAGAUGGUCUAGAAACCGGCCAGAGCAUUGUGGUUACUCAGCUCACGAAGCUUGAUCUAGAGACAGAAUACAAGUCUGACGCCUCGGUUGAGUUUGUCCCCUACAUCACUGACCCAUCUACAUCAACCACAGAAGAUGCCUUCACGGACAGGAUCCUCAGAAAGAGGCUCAACUAUCUGGAAACAGACCUCUCCUUCUCUCUCACGAGUGUUGGUAAUCUUCUCAUGCCAGGACCGGUGAGCGUGACCUUCAACUAUGACCCCACGGUCACCAACACAACCUUGAUGCUGCUUCACUGGAAUACGGAUGCCCGACAGUGGCAACAGAGCAACAAGACCUGUCACUAUGAAACAGACACGGAGGUCAGAGACCCCGUGACCUCUCAGGUCACGGUCAAAAUUUGUAACACAAGGUCGACACCAGACAGCAGCAGUUCCAGACGUCGGCGAUCUGUGUCUGACACGUACUUCACACACCAGACCCAGUUCCUACUGACUUCAGCUCUGACAGAGAUACCUAAUUCACCUCCUCAGCUCACCAGCAUCACGUCUCUUGUCAUGCAGGAAGACCAGGGUACAUUGAUAUACCAGAUGACGUCCACAGAUGCCAAUGGAGACGUGGUCAAGUACAAGAUUAGUGACAACUUCGCUGUGGCUGAUUUAGAACUGACGCUGUCAGAGGAUGGAUUGAUGACCUAUACACCUGCGACCAACUACUACGGAUCAGUAGAGGUCCCGGUAAUUCUUUAUGAGGUGCCUCAGGCUGAGAUACCACCGGCUGAAACGGCAGUAAACAUCAGCCUCAUCAUUACCUCCGUCAACGAUGCCCCCAGCGCCUUCAUCUUCAGUGAUGGAGUCAGCUUCCUUCAAGCAGAUCCGGCCCAUCCAGUCCUGAUUCUGCUGGAGGAGGUACGAGUAAAUGACAGCAGCCCUACAACAUACAGAUGGGAGUUUGGAGCGUACGACGUUGACGUCGGCGACAACAUGACCAUCUACUACACUCAGCCAUCUAGCGGAAACCUCACCAUCGGCGACCUGAACACCGCGGUCCCCUGCUCAUACAACGCGAGCGGCAUCCCCUGUGACCAGCUCCUCCUCCCCCACCCUCCAGACUCCCUCAACUGGGUUUACAGGACCUUCCAGUACCAACCUGACACUGGUUACCAUGGUUACGAUGAGGUUCGUGUGUACGCCCAGGACCAAGCAGGGGUAUACUCGGAUGUCAUCACAAUCAAACCAACUGUUAUGGAGAGGCCAUGCGAGAAUGGAGGAACAUGCAAAAGCAAAGAUGAAAGUGUGUACAACUGCAACAACUACCGCCGUGCUGAAGGUUUUGACCUCUACUACGAGUGUGCGUGCGCACCUGGCUGGACCGGCUUUCAUUGCGAGGAUGACAUCAACGAGUGCAGCAGCUCUCCAUGUUCCUGGCCGUACGUCUGCUACAAUGACGUCAACAGAUACUACUGCGCAUGUGCAAAAGAUAAUCCCAACUGUGAUGGGUUGCAGGCAUGGAUGAUCGGGCUGAUUGUGUUGGCGGUGAUAUUGAUAAUCAUCUUGUCCUUCCUAGCUUGGUAUCUCUGCAUGCUCAAACGAGGACGUUUCCACUGGUCCUUGAUAUUGUACAAGAUCUUCCGUAUCCGACCGGAGGGAUCUAGAACACCCUUUAUCAAUGAAGGCUUCAGUGAUGACUUGAGUGGAAGCCAUAAGUCCCGUGGGUUGUCCGGCGUGUUCAUGUCCAGUUGGCGGCCAGAUGACCCCACAACUCCGAUGAGGUCAGAACGAUCUCUGCGACCGGUGCCCCAUCUUCACGACCACAAUGCCACAAAAAGCCUAAACAGUGAGCCACAACUCGGAGAGGCAAACAUCCGCUUUGACGGCUCCAGAUAUCAACCGACUCGUCUUGACUUCACUCGUGGUGCAACAACGGACCGGCCAAGAACACCAGUCGAAGAUUACGAAGAAAGACCAAGCAGUUCAUCCUCUCUUAUCAGGGGCAAGUCUCCGGUCAAAAGAAAGUCACGCCGCGUCGCCCCCGGCCCCGAACCGGAACCGGAACCAGACUAUGAUCCAUAGAACUCCAGAAAUCUUUACACUGUAGAUAGUUGUCUUUCAGAAAAUGCUCAAACGAACUUAUUGUUUCCUCAAUAACAUGUACCAUGCAAAUGGUUGAUUUAAGAUAAAAUUUAAUUAACUCAAUGUUGAUAGAAAGCAGUUAAUUAAAAAAUUAAAUUCCCAGUCUAAUAAUCUAAUUACAAGGGCUUCCAUUGAUGGAAACUGCUGACAGGAUGUCAACGAUAAAUGAUAUAUGAAUGUUGGCCGUGUGUUUCUAUUAAUGAAAUCUCACAGAUUAUUCUGCUGUUGUAACAAUGUUUAAAUUAGCGUCAUGACACGCAUAUAACUCGAGGGGACAGUGGAAAUUUGAAUAUGAACUUUGUUGAAGUUAAAAUUUGUAAAAGACAUGUAUAUUUAAAUCCGUUUUCAAGAUCAACGCUGCACGUGUUACUGGUAUUUAUCACAACCAAACACGCACUAGACAGGAACGUAUAAAUAUAUCGCAUAAUUGUACUUUUUAAUAUAGUUAUUGACAUUUUUCUCCAAAAUAAAUAUUCUUCAGCAAAUCAAA